AUGACAAAAUUGAAAAAUGACGUAUUUUGUUUACCAGAUAAAAAGUGGUAUAAGAAUGUCAAAAUAAAAAAUUGUAAAACAGGAAAAAAAUAUAUUCACAAAUGUAUAGAUAUAAGGAAAAUAGAAAAAUAUUAUGAAUCAAAAAAGUUGGAGAAUUAUUACACAUACAUAAAUUUAUAUGAACAGAUUUUAUUGAAAGGUUGUUAUAAGAAUGAAGAAAAUGAAAGUGAUUCAAAUAAGAGUGAAGAAAAUGAAAGUGAUUCAAAUAAGAGUGAAGAAAAUGAAAGUGAUUCAAAUUUUUCAAGUAAAGAAAAUAACAACGAUGAGAUACAUAUAGAACAAAGAAAUAUUAAAAAAAAAAUAGAACCUUUAUUUAAUGAUUAUUCUGUAACAAAUAUAUACAUUUUUGAAAGUCUACUUUUCCUUGCUUUGUCAGGUGGAAUUAUUAACAUUUUUGAUAAAAAUUCUAAUUUGAUUUUGCAAAAGAAAUUAGAUAAUUUUAACAUUAAAAAUAUAUCAGCAAAUAAAAAAGAAAACACAAUAUGCUUUGUUGGGAGUUCGGAUGAUAUAUACAUUCUUUAUUUAGAUGAAAUAAGCAAUCUAAAAGAGGAAAAUGACAUAAAUUUUUUGGAUAGAAAAAUAAAAAAUAAUAUUUCCAUGGUUAAUAUAGAAUAUAUAGACAAUACAACAAUUUCUAAAUUUGACACAGAAUUUGAUAAUACUGUCAUACAAUUCAAUAAACAACUUUAUCAAAAUUUAAAUAAAAAGGAAAAAAUAUUUGUAGAUAGCUUUAUCCAUAAUAAUAUAGUUAGAUAUAAUAUAAACAAGUUAAAUAAUUGUGUAAUUAACCCUCAUUUUGAUAAUUAUGAUAAUAAUAAUUUAUGCAUAUUAUCCUCAAAUACAACUGUAUCGAUUUUAUAUAUCUAUGGGUUUUAUAUAAAUAACACUGUUUUAUUUAAAGAUAAAAAUAUUUAUAAUAUUUAUUGGUAUAAUUCGUAUAUUUUUAUUUGUAAGCAUGAUUCAGUAUAUAUUAUUAACUUUUUUUUUAAAACUAAAAUUGUGCAUAUGAUUUUGUCAUAUCCCUCAUCUUCUUUCGAGGGUAUAAGGACUGUACCCCCAUUUAUUGAGAAUGCAAAAGUUGAAAAGGUUGAAAAAAUUGGAAAAAUUGGAAAAGUUGAAAAAGUUGAAAAAGUUGAAAAAGUUGAAAAAAUUGAAAAAAUUGAAAAAGAACGUUUUAAUUAUCCUAUUUUUAUUUGUGAAGCAGAAAAAGAAAUGUAUGUAAUAGGACGAGAAAAAAAUGUUAAAAUUUUUAAAUUGGAAAAAAAAAAUCAAACAGAAGAAGUAAAAGUUAUAUAUGAUUUUUUUCUGACUAAUUAUAUAAUUAAUAUGUAUAUUUUUUACAAUAAAAAUAUGGACAUAUUAUUAGGUGAUCAAAAAUAUUAUAUAUCUAUAAUAACAGAUAUAAAUAAAAAUUUAAUAAAAUCAAAAAAUAAAAAAAUGUGUAAUAAUACUUCAUUUGGUCAUAUUAUAUUAACAAGCAAUAAUUAUAUAGUCUAUAAAAAUAAUAUAAAUAUUAAAAGUGGGAAUAAUAAAUGUGUGCAUAUGAUUAAAAAUAAGAUCAAUAAUAAUCGAGAAAAAUAUAUAUGUAGUAAGCACCAUGGAAAUGUUAAACUAGAUGAGAACACACAAAUAAAUGACGAAAAAUGUGUAGAUCCUUAUCAUAAUAAAUUACAACAUAUAAAAGAUCAUAGUUCCAUUGAUACUGACUCUGUAAAUAGCGUUACUGUUAAUAACUGUGAAACAUUUUCAAUUUUUCAAUAUUGUAAAUAUCGAAAUUAUCACAAAAUAGAGGAUAAAAAAAAAGGGGGAAAUAAGGAAGGAAAUUUCUGGCUAUAUAUUUAUCACAAUAAUAAUAUAAUUUCAAAUAAUUUUGAUUUAGAUGAAAAUAAUAAAAAUAGUAAAAAUGAAAUGUGGAAUUUUUUAAUAAGUUUUAGAGAAAAAAAUAUCAAGGAAAUAUUCACAUAUUUAUUAGUAGAAAAAAGAAAAAAUAUAUUUACAAUUUUAAAUAAACUUAAAAAAGAAAAAAUAAAAAGAUCCAAUAAUGAAUUAACUAAUUUUAUCGUGCAAAUAAUUUAUUUGUGUUUAAAAUAUGGAAAAUGUUAUUUGGCUGCAAAAAUAUUUAUUAAAUUAAAUGAACAUUUUUAUAAUAAACAAAAAGUAAUUUAUGAUAUUAUUGUGCUUUUUUUUUUUUUUAAUAAAUUGCACAUUUUGUCAAGGUUUUAUAUCAAACUUAUGUGUCACGAAAGAGAAAAGGUAAAAAAUCAAAAUAAUAAAAAAAAUCAAAAAAAUCAAAAAAAACAAUAUAAAUAUAUUCAUUUAUGUAGAACAGAAAAUAAUUAUACUAUUACACAAUUACCAAACUUAUUGGGGAAUAAGUGUAGAAAUAAUUAUAAAAAAAAAAAAAAAAAGAGUAUAGUGUACGUUAUUUAUCGUGUAAUGGGUAUUAUUAAAAAAAAUAAAUUGAAAAGGGAAAAUGAAAAAGAAGAUAAGAGAGAAAAAAAAAAAAAAAAAUAUUAUUUUUUUAAUACAAAAAAUAUAUUUAAUAAAUUUUUAAUUCUAUUAUUAUUAAAUGAUGUUUAUGAGUUUAAUAAAAUAUAUAAAUGUUCCCCUAGCCAUUAUUUAAAUAUUUUUAAAUUGAGUAAAUAUAUUAUAUCCUAUCUUAGAAAUAAUUUAAGUUAUUUAAAAAAAAAUAUAUUAAGACGAUUUAAUUUGUUUGAUCUUGCAUCAUUGUUAAGUAGGUACAAUAUACAAACUGAAAAGGAGAAAAAUAACCAAAUAAAGAAUACGAAAAUAAAAAAUAACGAUACCGUAUAUUAUACUGCUGCUGCUACUACUACUAAUAAUAAUAACAAGUUUUAUGAUAAAAAUAAAAAUAAUAGUAAACUAGAUCAAUAUCACAACUAUAAGCCCAUAAGCCAAAAUCUCAAUUCUGAAAAAUUUUCUUUACUGUCUUGGAAAAAAAAAAAAAAAUCUGAAAAAAAAAUACUUUUAGAUAUUCUUCUAAAUAUUCUUUUUAAAUGUAAUUAUUCUUAUCCAAUCGAAUUAUUAUUAUUAUAUAAAACUCAAGAAAAAAAUAAAAAAGAAAUAUGCAAAAUUAAUGGUAAAAAUACAUUUCUGAGUCAUAAAUUUAGUAAAAUAAACUGUGGGCAUAAGACUGAAAAAGAUACAAACAAUCAUCUUUAUCAAAAAAAACAAAGGAAUGAACAUAAUUCAACAAGAGAAUAUAUGCAUGAAAUAUUCAAAGAUCGGAUAAAGAAAAAAAAAAUAAAUAAUAUUUAUAAUAAAAAUCAAAAUACUGUUAUAACAAACUCAAAUAGUAAUAUACUAUCGAACGAUUUUUCACUUCCUAGGGAUAUUUUUAUUACACACACAGAAAAAAUAUCACAUCCAUAUAAUAAAUCUGGGCAUGAUGAUAAAAAUAAUAAAAACAAAAACAAUAGUAGUAUUAUCAUAAAUAUGAACUACACAAAAUCUAGCGAAGAAUAUUAUAAAAGAGAAAAUGUAGGGAAAAAAAGGAAACCUCAAAUUGUUAAAAUAAAUGAAAUUAAAAAAACAGAGAUACACACAAAAUAUGACGAACAUGAUGAACAUGAUGAAUGUGAUAAAAAAAAAAAUCUAAACAAAUAUAAUGAUAUAAAAAAGGAAAAAAUUAUUAAUAUGUUAAUAGAAAAAAGAGAUGAAAAUGUAUUUUAUUAUCUCAAUCAAUGUAAUUGUCAAUGUUUAAAAAAAAUAAUAAAUAAAAAUGCCAAUAAAUUAUGUCAAAUUAAUAUAAAAAAAACUAUUCCUUUAUUACUCAUUAAAAAUAUAAAAGGAAAGGAAACAGAAAAAUGUGAAUAUUUUUUUAAUCCUAAUAUUAUUAUAAAAAAAUUAAAAAAAAAUCCUUAUUUUUUAUAUAGAUAUUUAAAAAAACUUCAAAAUGUUGAAUAUUUAAGAAUAUAUAUAGAUUUAUUUAUUUUUUUAAUAUUUAUUUUUGAUCCGUUAUUAUUAAUUAAAUUUCUGAAUAAAUAUUAUAAGUAUAUAAAUUUUAAGAGGGUACAUUUUUUUGCGUCUUUUUUUAAUUAUUUUUAUCUUACUCUCGAAAAAGAAAAAAUAAAUCUUAAUUAUGAUAAUAAUACAAAUUAUCCUGAUAAGCUCUCAAAAUUUGACUCAUUUCAAAUACACACUGAACAGAUAACCAUAAAAGAUGAUUCUGAAAAUAUUCAUAAAUUGUCAAAAGAAGAAAACGAUAUAAAACAACCAUUAAUAUUGAAAAAAAAAGAAGAUACUAUUAUUGAAUUUAAAGAUAUAGAUCAAGGAGAUCAAAUGGGGGAAAGAUUAAAUAGUUGGAAAAUAAAAGAAAAAUGGAUGAGAAUAAAAAACAAAAAAAAAUUAAAAAAAUAUUUUAAAAAUGAACAUAUAAGUUUGUUAUACAACUAUUUACUUAACAAUCAUGUAGAAAAAAAUAAAUUAGUAGAUUUAUUUAAUUUUAUAAAAAAAUGUCCAAAAAAAAUAAACCUUUUUAUGCAUGUAGAAGGAUAUAUAUAUAUAAAACUUGGUUACAUAAAUAAAGCUAUAGAUAUAUAUAGAAAAUUGUGUAAUUAUGAAGAAGUUUAUUAUCUUAUUAAGCACUAUAAUAUAUCGGUGCAAGAAAAUAUAAAAAAAGAGGUCGAGAAAUUUCUACUAUUGAAUAGUUAUAAUUCUAUAGAAAAUAAAAUGGAUAAUGAUUAUAUAAAUGGAAAUAUAAAGAGAAUAUAUAAUUCCCAAAAAGAAUUAAACAAUUUUAAUGAAAACACAAAUGACUGUACUCGUGAUCUUACAACUUUUAAUUCAAAAAAAAAUGGGGAUCAUAUUUUUCAUGAAGAAGAAGAAAUAAAAAAAAACAAAAAAAGAGAUAUAAUAAAAAAUGAAAAAAAAAUUGAAUUAAAAAAAAAAAUUAAAAGUAUUAAAAACAAAACAAAUGUCAUUGAGUAUUAUAUUAGCAAUAGUAUCGAUUGUGAUCAUAUGGACAAAGAAAUUAUGCAUGAUUUAUAUUCCGAAGAAAAUAUAAAAAAAAAAAAAAAAAAAAAAAAAAAAUGUAAGAAUAACCAAAUUGAUAUAUUAUGGAAUAAUGAUAAAAAAAAAAUGAAAAAAAUUCGUGACAAAAUUUUAAAACAAUUUUUACUCGAUCAUAUGUGUAAAGAAAUGAAUUAUAGUACAUUAGUUAAUAUGCUUCAAGAUAUAUAUUAUAAGAAUAUAAUUUUAGUAAAUUAUAAUUCUAUACUAAGCAACGAUAAAAUAAAUAUAUUUAACAUGGUUAAUAAAGUAAAAAAAAAAGGGUAUAUUAUAUAUAAUGGUAAAAUAAGAAAAGAAAUAAAAAAAAAUGAAUUAAAGUUAAUAAAUAUAAAUGAAGAUUAUCUUUUUAGUAAUAAUGAUUAUGAAAAUAACCAAAAAAAUAUGAUAUUUAACGAAUAUAUACCACAAAAUUUAAAUAAAAAUAAUACUUUAGAUAUAAAUAAUGAAAAAACUUAUAGCACACAACAAAAUAUACCACCAAAUUAUUAUUUUUACAAUGAAAUAAAAAAAAAAACGAAUAUUUCAGAAUUAUCUUCUUUUUGUGUUGCAUGCUUAAAUAAUAUAUAUCAUGAUCCAGGUUUAUUUUCAAAAAAAAAUAAAAAAAAUAUGGAAUUGAAAAGUGGUCACAAAAUUAAAAAUAAUAUUGUCUUUUUUUUUUGUAAUCAUAUUUAUCAUUUAAGAUGUUUAAAGGACAAUGAAUUUGUAUGUGAAAUAUGUUCAUAA